UAGCUGGAGCUCUUUUUCAUUGUUGUGUUGGAGUGGAUGGGAGGCAGCAGCGGCAGCAGCUUCAGUACCAGCCAGUGCUCUGCUUCACUCUCCAGCGGAUACACUCAACCAGGAGGCUGCUACAUGCUGCAGCCCGACACGCUGUACAACAGUGCAUCUUAAAAAGACCAAAGGAGAGGAAUCGGGUUUUUUUUUUGUUUGGUUUUGCGAGCUAAAGUGGGAUUGUGGUUUUGUAUCUCCCCUGGUUUGGAGGAUUUACCGCAAAUGUACCCACCACGACGACGGGAGGGCAGCGGGCUGCUCCUGGUUCUGACGAUCUUGGUCGGGCUGCAGAUUGCAGCAGAAUGCAGGGCCACCCCACCAUGCAGGCCAGGCUUCUCUGAAGAUGUGUACAAGGUCGUACUGCCCGAUAUCACAGAGAAAGGACAGCCCCUUUUCACUGUGAGAUUUGUCGACUGUGGCCGAGGUGGUCUGGUGCGGCUCGAAUGCAACAACCCUACUGACUACAGGGUAGAGGCUGACGGGGUGGUCUAUGCUGCCAGAAGUCUCUCUGGACCCCAAGCGUCACCUUUGCUGAUUAAGGCCAUUGAUGACACAACUCAACAGCAAUGGAUUACCCUUGUUCGAUUGACGCCUUCCAACCUGCAGGUCAAGGCAGCCACUCCUGUUGUUGUCAUGUCCAAGGAUUUGAGGGAAAUAGCAUUUCCAUCGAGAAACACACAAAGCCAACUGAAACGCAUGAAGAGAGACUGGGUCAUUCCUCCAAUCAAUGUCCCUGAGAACUCACGAGGUCCAUUCCCACAAGAGCUUGUUCGGAUCCGAUCAGACCACGACAAAAACCGAUCCCUGAGAUACAGCGUGACGGGCCCUGGUGCUGAUCAACCUCCAACUGGCAUCUUCCUCAUCGACCCCAUCUCUGGAGAGCUAUCUGUUAACAAGCCCCUGGAUCGAGAACAUAUUCCCAACUUCCAUCUGAGAGCUCAUGCUGUGGACCUGAAUGGCAACCAAGUAGAAAACCCCAUUGACAUUGUUAUCAAUGUGAUCGACAUGAACGACAACAGGCCAGAAUUCAACCACCAGAUUUGGAAUGGCACUGUCCCCGAGGGUUCAAAGCCAGGCACAUUUGUGAUGACAGUGACAUCGGUUGACAAAGAUGAUCCCAAAACUGCUAAUGGGAUGCUGCGCUACAAGAUCCUGUCUCAGACCCCCGAUAGUCCCACCUCCAACAUGUUCACUAUCAAUAAUAAAACAGGAGGCAUCAUUACUGUGGCGGCUGGCUUGGACAGAGAGAAAGUUCCACAGUACACACUGAUCAUCCAGGCCACUGACACUGAGGGCAACCCAACGUAUGGUCUAUCCAACACAGCCACAGCCGUGAUCAGAGUUACUGAUGUCAAUGACAAUCCGCCAGAGUUCACAGCUGAGACGUUUGUCGGCGAGGUGCACGAAAACCGUGUCAAUGUCAUUGUGGCCAACCUGUCAGUGACUGACAAGGACCAACCCAACACACAAGCAUGGAAUGCUGUCUACAAAAUCACCGGGGGCGACCCUACUGGCAGGUUCUCCGUGCCCACUGAUCCCACCACUAACGAGGGCUUGGUAACAGUCGUCAAGCCUAUUGACUAUGAAAUGAGUAGGACGUAUGUGCUGACAGUGGAGGCGAGGAAUGAGGUUCCCCUAGCCAGAGGCAUUCACUCUCCUCGUCAGUCCACCGCCACCGUCUCCAUCCAAGUGAUAGAUGUCAACGAGAGCCCUUACUUUGAGCCCAACCCAAAACUCAUUAAGCUGGAAGAGGGAAUGAUGCCCGAGACCAUGCUGACUACCUUCACCGCGCAGGACCCCGACCGCUUCAUGAAACAAAGCAUCCGGUACACCAAACUGUCUGAUCCAGCCAACUGGCUAAGGAUAGACCCCAGUAACGGUCGAAUCACAACAAUGGCUGUACUGGACCGAGAGUCACCUUUUGUGAAGAACAGCUUGUACAAUGCAACAUUCCUGGCGACUGACAACGGCAACCCUUCAGCAAGCGGCACCGGCACACUGCAGAUCUACCUGCUGGACAUCAACGACAACGCCCCCAGGGUGUUCCCACAGGAGGCAGAAAUAUGUGAAAAACCUGAGCCGAAUGCUAUAAACAUCACCGCGCUCGAUGGGGACCUGAUGCCCAACGCGGGGCCUUUUGCUUUUGAAUUGGCUCAAAGGCCCGCUGACGUUCGGAGGAAUUGGACCAUCACGAGAAUCAGUGGUGACUAUGCUCAACUGCGCUUGAAAAUUGGUUUUCUCGAGAGUGGAAUUUACGAGCUGCCCAUCAUCAUCACGGACUCCGGGAACAUGCCUCUGUUCAACACCUCCCACCUGAGGAUCAAAGUGUGCCAGUGUGACAUCAAUGGAGACUGCACCGACCAGCAGCAUAUCAUGGCAGCCGGGCUGGGCACGGGCGCCAUCAUCUCCAUCCUUCUGUGCAUCAUUAUCCUCCUCAUUCUCGUGCUGCUCUUUGUGGUUUGGAUGAAGCGCCGCGAUAAAGAACGCCAGGCUAAGCAGCUCCUCAUCGAUCCAGAGGAUGACGUGCGAGACAACAUUCUCAAGUAUGAUGAGGAAGGCGGCGGAGAAGAGGAUCAGGAUUACGACUUGAGUCAGCUCCAGCAACCCGAUACGAUAGAACCCGAUACAGUCAAACCAGUGGGGAUCCGACGUCUUGACGAGAGACCGCUCCACCCUGAGCCACAGUACCCCAUGAGGUCUGGUGCUCCCCACCCUGGAGACAUCGGAGACUUCAUCAAUGAGGGACUGAAGGCGGCAGACAAUGACCCCACGGCUCCCCCCUACGACUCACUGCUAGUGUUCGACUACGAAGGCAGCGGCUCCACCGCAGGAUCCCUCAGCUCGCUCAACUCGUCCAGCAGCGGAAGCGACCAGGACUAUGAUUACCUCAACGACUGGGGGCCUCGCUUCAGAAAACUGGCGGACAUGUAUGGCGGAAGUGAUGACUAGGACUAGCCACUUGAUUGGAGGAUUAAAAGAUAAAAAAGGAUAGAUUCCUUUGUGGAAGGACUUGGAAAUGUGAUGGAACUGUGAGAGAUUUUUUUCAAUAAAAAAAAACAAAAAACAACCAACCAACCUAGGCUUAUUGUUGUAGUCUCCGCAUACAUAAAUGCUUGUUCAAAGCUUAGGCACAGGCUGCGCUCGGCGGAUGCAGGAGGCAGCACUGGUGGACGGUCACACCAUUCAAGACUGUUGCUAUCGAAUGAGCUCAGUUACACUUGAAUUUCACAGUACAGAAGCACUGGGAUAUAAUGUGCCUUUUUGUACAUUUCUUUUGGAAUCAAGAUGAUUAGUUUUAUGUUACAAGGCUUUAACGGUACUGACUUUUUGGAGUGAUUUAAAAAAAAAAAAACAAGUAUGUGACACUCUGGUAUUCACUUUUUUUUCUUUUUUUUUCCUUUGGUUCCACAAUGCUCCUGUUUAUGAAGGCUUAUUUAAAUAUGGUUACAUAGAAAUGAAGGAAGGAUCAUGUGUCAAUUAUAGCAGCACUGUAUAGUACGCUAGACUUUUUCACUAAACACGCAGCUGGUUGCAACUAAAGGGAGUUAUCAAUCACACUUUUGUAGCACAUUAUUUUCACUUUUAUUUUUCUGAAGUGAUGUAGUAUUUCCAAAAACAAAAGGUCAUCAAUGUACACUUUCAUUGCCUUAGUCAACAUCAUCAUCAUUGAGUUUUACUUCACUGUAAAAAGAUGUGUGUACAUAAUGUUUUGUUUUUUCUUAUCUUUUCUUUGGGUGUAGUAUAUGAAGAAGUGCAAAAAGUUCCGAACCUGUAAAUGUAUAAUUUGGACCACAAAUGACAACAAUUUUUUGCAUGUUUUUAUCUUUUCAUGACGGAAAAUAUGUUGUUUCCCAAAUUUAUUUAGAAGAUGGAAAAAAAUAAAA